CAGGGACCCAAAAAAAAGCCAGUAAAGCAGAAGACACCACCAUUUUCCAACCAUGGCAUGACUCAAAAUCACAACAAAGCCCACGUUAUAGUUUCUUGUUGAUCAACUCAUUUUGUCAAAUCGGUAGCUGACUCUUAGCUUCCUUUUUCCUCUGCUUUUUUGCCCCUUUUCUGGUAGUAUUGUUUUUGCUUGCUUGAAAACCCCAUUUGUUGUUUGCUUCGUUUGAAGAUAAAUAAGCAGGUGGAUCAACUAUAGUCUAGUUCUCUGAAGUGGGAAGCGUGAAGUUCAUCCUCAAAAUCGCAUUUUGACUUGCCAAAACAAGGAUGGUGCCAUUCUCAAAUGAAGGUUUAUCUGCUGAAUGCGCGAAGAAGCUGCACUUUGGAAAUACACCAAAACAUAAAGUUCGGAAAGUAUGGGCAGUGCGGGAUUUCCCCCCAGGUUGUGGUAGAAAUGCUCCAAAAAGUGGCUUGAACCGCAAGGAAAAUAAUGUGGUCUCCAUCAGUGAAAAUAUGGCUGACACUCUGGUGGCCCAUGGUGACAAUGGCCCUAACACUGGGAUUGAGUUCGGUUCUGCUGAAGUUGUGGAUUGUCAGGGAAGUUGGCAUGAAGAAUUGGAUCAGUUGGCAGGGAAUGCGUUAGCCAGAACCACGAGUGUGAUAGAAAACGGGGUGGAAGAACCAACAAGUCAUGACAGAUCAUCGCUUGGAUUUGAGUUGUCUAAAGAUCCUGAAAAUAGUGAAAUGUCAUUGCUCAAGAAAGCAAAAGUCGUUCGGUAUGAUGAAUUAGUGAGUGUUGAGGAUAAUAUUCCCUCCUUGCCAAAGAAUAAGAACUGCCAAAGAAGAUUUUUUGCUGUUCGUGACUUCCCUCCAUUUUGUGGAAGAAAUGCUCCUAAGCCAACCAGACUGGAUCGCUUGGUUGGUGGUGAAGCAGGCAAGAGAGAGGUUGUGUUAGAUAAGGCAGUUACAGAAAAUGAAUUGAUUGAGAUGUCGAAAAAUGUUAUUGAUACAGGGACGUCACCCGUGAAACCGACUGCAAGUUGGGAAGCUGAUUCUUUAAGUGAGAUAGAGGUCACUGGUCCCAAAUCUAGCUUAAUGGAACGAGCAACAGUUUGCUUUGAAGAUCCCGAAGGUGGCCAAGACAACUAUGUUGGAAAGGGCCAACUUGAAAGAACUGUAAUGUCGCCAGAGACAAUAAUGAAAAAGGAGAAUGAUGAUACAGGAAAAAUUGUGCAGAAGGAGAUUAUUGUAUAUUCACGGAAGGAACGUGAAAAGGCGACUACUGCAAGACAUGGUUUGGAUUCUGGUGAUAAAAUUGUUAAGUCAAUUGUGCAUGGGUUGAUGGCUGAGCCUUAUUCUCCAAGGAAGAAGAGCAAGCAAACUAGUUUAGAUGGCCUGAUGAGUAGAAACCAAGUUCAAAAGCCUAACAUGUAUCAGCAGAGGAAAUACUUAGCUGUUGCCAGAAAAAGUAUUCCUAAGCCAAAAUUUACCCAGAGACUGUUUGGCAGGAGUAAAUCAGGUUUUGUUGGUGAAGCUGUGCCAGGAUAUUCAAGUGCACCAGUUGCCAGCAAUAAUGGAACUCGUGGUUUGAAUUGGGAACCACUGCCUGAUCUAAAAAGUUCCAGUCGUGGUGAUGCUCGUAGUAAAGUUAGAGAGACUCUUCGUCUGUUUCAUUCUAUCUGUAGAAAAAUCUUGCAAGGGGAAGAAUCAAAGUCAAAACCUGGAGAAGUAAAAGUGAACAAAAGGAUUGAUAUUCAAGCAGCUAAAAUUAUCAAAGAAAAAGGGAUGGAAGUUAAUACAGGAUUGCGGAUACUGGGAGAAGUUCCAGGAGUUGAAGUAGGAGAUGCGUUCCAAUACAGGGUUGAACUUGUUCUUGUGGGGGUUCAUAGCUUAUAUCAGGCUGGUAUAGAUUUCUUGAAUAAAGGAGGAAUGCUGGUUGCAACUAGUAUUGUUGCUUCAGGGGCGUAUGACGAUGAUUUGGGAGAUGCUGAUGAGCUGAUUUAUUCCGGGCAAGGUGGAAAUGUGGUUGGCAAGGUCAAAAUCCCUGAAGACCAGAAACUUGUGAAAGGUAAUUUAGCCUUGAAAAAUAGCAUAGCUACAAAGAAUCCUGUUCGGGUGAUUCGUGGAUCUAAGGAGAUGAGGGCUUCUGAAUCCAGGGGUGAAAGAGCAAAACCUGUGACAACUUAUGUGUAUGAUGGUUUAUACACUGUUGAAAAUUAUUGGAGAGAACAAGGGCCACAUGGUAAGAUGGUCUUUAUGUUCAAGUUGGUGAGAAUUCCUGGACAACCAAAGCUUAGUUGGAAAGAAGUACAGUCAACAAAAAAGUCCAACAUGCGGCAUGGUGUUUGUGUUCCUGAUAUUACAGAAGGGAAGGAGUCACUACCUAUAGCAGCUGUGAACACAAUUGACGGUGAGAAACCCCCACCAUUCAAGUACAUCAAGAAGAUGAUGUAUCCAGCUGGUUUCCGCCCUGCUCCACCUAAAGGCUGUGAUUGUAUUGGUAGAUGUUCUGAUGCCAACAGGUGCUCAUGUGCAGUUAAAAAUGGAGGUGAGAUCCCUUACAACCAUAAUGGGGCUAUUGUUGAAAUUAAGCCUCUUGUAUACGAAUGUGGUCCUUCUUGUGGAUGCCCUCCUUCGUGCUAUAAUAGAGUGAGUCAACAUGGUAUUAAAGUUCUGCUGGAGAUCUUCAAGACAGAUACAAGGGGCUGGGGCGUGAGAGCUCUAACUUCUAUCUCUUCAGGAACCUUUAUUUGUGAGUAUACAGGAACACUUCUUGAGGACACAGAAGCUGAACGAAGAAUUGGCAAUGAUGAAUAUCUUUUUGAUAUUGGCCAGAAUUAUAGUGGUUGUACUAUGAACUCUUUAGCAGAAGAGGGUGGUUAUACCAUUGAUGCAGCUCACUAUGGAAAUGUUGGACGAUUCAUCAAUCACAGUUGUUCUCCCAAUUUGUAUGCACAGAAUGUUAUCUAUGAUCACGAUGAUAAGAAAAUGCCCCAUAUCAUGCUUUUUGCGGCAGAUAAUAUUCCUCCCAUGAAGGAGCUUUCUUACCAUUACAACUAUUCUGUGGAUCAGGUUUAUGACUCUGAUGGCAAGAUCAAAGUGAAGAGGUGCUUUUGUGGAUCUUCAGAUUGUGCUGGUAGGAUGUACUAGGAUUUAUAAAGCUUAGCUGUUGAAGUUGGAUGGAAGAAUUACAUCUCGUUGUCUUUUUUCUUUUUUUCAUCUUGAAUAGUAGUGCUGCUUCUUCUUGUUUAGUCUGAUAUGCUAUAUAGUAUAGUCUGUCGUGGAAACAUAAGCUUG